GGCGUGCGCUUUCUGCACCGGUCGCACUCGCAGCAUGCGCAGCGGCAGCAUCUAGGCACCUUGCCAAUAAUCCGACGGCAAAGCCAAAUCAGGUUCACACUUCCACCGGAAAAAGGUGAGACGAUCAGAUCAGAUGAGCUAAUACGAAAAUUGUUUUCAACCCCAAACCUCAAACAGGUCAAACCAGCAGCAUCUGUUCUCGUAGUACAAAUAAAGUAGACGCACCUUCCUCCUCGUCGAUCGCCACGGCCCCCAACCAUCAGCGCUGCUCCCAGAUCGCCGCCAUGGCCACCGCGCACGCCCGGCCGGCGCCGCUCCUCUCCGCCAUAACAUUACUCCUAGUAACAGUACUGCUGCACGCGGCGACGGCGGCGGCAGCCGUGACGAGCUGCGCGCCGAGGGCGUGCGGCAACCUGACCAUCGCGUACCCGUUCUGGCUCCCCGACCAGCCCGCGGGCUCCUCCGCCGCCGCCUCGCCGGCGCCGUGCGGCCCGGCGGCGUUCCAGGUCGACUGCCGCGGCGGGCGGGCCUCGCUGGCGCGCUCCUUCCGCGGCGCCUACAUGAUCCUCCGCGUCUCCUACGGCGACCGCACCCUCGUGGUCGCCAACGACAACGUCCAGACCGACGCCGCCGGCUGCCCCGUGCCGCGCAUCGACGUCUCCGCCAGCCUCAGCCUCGCGCCGUUCACGGCCAGCGCCGCCAACGCGCAGCUCGUCUUCCUCUUCACCUCCAACUGCACCGCCGGCGGCGCGCCGCCGCCCGGGUUCGUGAACGCGACGUGCCCGGGCACGCAGGCGCUGGUGCGGCUCGACGCGAGGUACAACACCUCGGCUGCGAGGGCGGUCGCCGGGGGCUGCGACUACUCGGUCGUGCCGGUGCUGGGCUCCCCCGGGGCGACCGCCGCCGGCUACCCCGAGCUGCUCAGAGGCGGGUACCUGCUGGAGUGGCGGGCGCCGGCCGGGGACUGCGCGACGUGCAAUGCCAGCGGCGGGCGGUGCGGGUUCGACGCCGACGCCGGCGCGUUCGCCUGCCUCUGCUCCGACGGGUCCUCACGUCCGGCAAGAUGCGAUGCAAAGAAGUCCAGCAAGAAGGUCAUUCUGAUAGUAUCCUUGUCGAUCACAUUCGGCCUGCUGUUGGCAUUCCUCCUCAUCAUCCUCAAGUUCCGUCGACGAAUCCGCAGCUUCAGUUUAUUACCCAGCAUCACGGACAGACGCAGCAGUAGCGACACUGCAAACGUCGAGAAACUCCUGCAAAAGUACGGCGAUCUCGCGCCCAAGAGGUACCGGUACUCGGAGCUCAAGAAGAUAACCGAGUCCUUCAAGCACAAGCUCGGCGAGGGCGGGUACGGCGCCGUGUUCCGCGGCGUCCUCAACGCCUCCGGCGGCAAUGACCGCCCGCGCGAGGUCGCCGUCAAGGUCCUGCACCACUCGAGACCCAACGGCGAGGAGUUCCUGAACGAGGUAGUCAGCAUCGGCCGGACGUCGCACGUCAACAUCGUCACCCUCCUCGGGUUCUGCCUCGAGGGCUCCAGGCGCGCGCUGGUCUACGAGUACAUGCCCAACGGCUCGCUGGACAGGUACAUCUACUCCGGCGACGACCCCGGCGCGGCGGCGGCGCUGGGGUGGGAGGCGCUGCACGAGGUCGCCGCCGGCAUCGCGCGCGGGCUCGAGUACCUGCACGAGGGCUGCAGCACGCGGAUCAUCCACUUCGACAUCAAGCCCCAGAACGUGCUCCUGGGCGCGGGCCUGCGCCCCAAGAUCGCCGACUUCGGGAUGGCGAAGCUGUGCAGCCCGCAGGAGAGCAUCCUGUCGAUGGCGGACGCGCGGGGCACCAUCGGGUUCAUCGCGCCGGAGGUCUUCUCGCGGGGGUUCGGGGUGAUCUCCACCAAGUCCGACGUGUACAGCUACGGGAUGCUGCUGCUGGAGAUGGUCGCCGGGAGGAGCAACGUCAAGGCCUACGCCGCCGAGAAGUCGGGCGGCGACCUCUUCUUCCCGCUCUGGGUCUACGACCACCUGCUCCAGGACGGCGGCGUGCUCCAGGACCGCGGUGAGGAGGUCGCGAGGAAGAUGGCGCUGAUCGGGCUCUGGUGCAUCCAGACGGUGCCGGCGAGCAGGCCGUCGAUGAGCAGGGUGCUGGAGAUGCUGGAGAGGAGCAUCCACGAGCUGGCGAUGCCGCCGCGGCCGUACCACGUUUCGCCGUCCAACUCCCCGUCGCCGUCGCACCCGUCGAGCUACCCGUCUUCUACCUCGGAUUUCACCCUACGAAGCUCAAGAGUUCGUACACCGGAGAGCACAGAGUAACAAAGGAUUGGAGUAGCACUGUAGCAGAAUUGAAGGGCUUGUUAGGGAUACAAGACAUAGCAAGAAGCAAAGAUAGGUUGGUCGCACAUUGUUUCGUACAGUUUGGGUACAGGGAUAAAUACGAGGAUGGACAAUGAUGUAACAGCAAUGUAAUGUGCAGUUCAAUGAUUGUAGUUAGGCUAGAUACUCUUACUCUCUGUUUGGAUGUAGAUAUUGAGCAGCUGGAAUUAAAUUGGAUACCAAUACCAAAAUAGAGUAGUAUUAGAAAUGGGUUAUGAUAUCAAAUCUGCUGUUUGGAUGUA